ACCUUGCAGUGGGUACCAUGUUACGAAGGCAAAGAAUGUGCUCGCUUCUCGAGACCUAUGGACCCGGCGGAUCCAAUCAUCAACGAAACCGUCGCACUCGCCAUCAUCCGCUCCCCGGCGCAAGUACCUAGGUCUGACUCGCGAUAUGGUGGCUCCAUCUUCAUGAAUCCAGGCGGACCGGGGUCCUCUGGAGUCGGUAUAUUGAGAUGGGCAGCUUACGAGUUUCAGUCCAAGAUUGGCGGACCCAAAUAUUUUGACUUGAUUAGCGGGGAUCCCAGGGGUAUCGGCUCGUCGAUGCCACUUCCUGUGUGCUUCCCGAAUAACCUCCAGCGUCAACAAUAUUGGCUUAAGCAGGAAGUGAUUGGCGGGAUCAACAGUUCACCCUAUGCAUUGCAAUAUGGAUUUGCUGUCGCGGAGGCUUUCGGCCAGGCAUGCAACUCGACUAUCAUGCGAUACAUGACUACACUUCUGACCGUGCAAGACGUGAUCGCCAUUGCCCAUGCGCUAGAGCCCAACGUCAUCGAGCCUUUGAUAAACUACUGGGGCAUCUCAUAUGGGACGUUCGUCGGCAAUACUUUCGCGUCCGUGUAUCCGCACCGGCUCGGAAGGACAGUCCUUGACGGUGUGCUCGGGACCGACGACUAUCUCUCCCCCGCCUGGCAUACAGGCCUAGUCAAUACCUCCGCCAUCUACAGCCAUUCUCGCAGCUGUGCCGCGACGCUGGACCGAGUAAAUGCGCGAUAUGGGCCAACGAUACGAGUGCUAUCGGUAGCAAGAUCGACGAUCUGCUGA